AUGUCCAUCCACGAAUUUGAUGACCCUAUCGUUCGGUAUGACGCGCUCUUGUAUACUUGGGCCGACGGUGCAGAGAGCGAUGCUAUUACCGCCAACGGCUACUUCCUGAACAUAACAAAUAAUUUGCUAGUGGCUUUGCAACAUCUUAGUCGACAAGACGAGGACAUUUUGCUUCGGGUUGUCAGUAUCUGUCUCAACGAAAAGGACACAGAUGAAAGGAACGCACAAGUUGCUCAAAUGGGCAAAAUACUCAGUCAAGCCGACCGGUCGUUCUUGCUCGAAAAGCAAUUAUUCAUUGCGGCUCGCUUUCAGCAAGAUGGUCAACGUUACGAGCUUUGGGCCAUGCCACUGCUGAUCCCACGUGGUGGCAAUAUCCAGAAUCCCGUGUCAGUGACAUGA